GAGCGGGAGAUCUUCGCUUCCCUUCGCCAAAUGCGGCGUGUGUUGGGUUCCAGAUCUGCGUGCAUAAUGACGCGCAAUUGACGAAGGCACAGAGGAAUGUCUUCAGCAUCGCCUCCUCCCGGAGGAGGCAAGGUCAACUGGGAGCUAUGGAUCUUGCGGGCAGUCGGCGUCGGCGUGGCCCUGUACAUCGUCCCAAGAUGGGUGCACUUCCUGUCCUUCCUCGUCAGCAACUCGCGGCGGCCGUCGAGGGAGGAGCAGCAGCUGGUGCUGAGGAGCCUCUCCAUCCUGGAGGACCACGCUCGCUCCAAGGAGGCAUCAAUCACACACCAGAUCACUCUCGAGGAGCUCGGCGGCAUCGAUGAGCAAGACACUGCUGCUGGUGUGGAACCAGUAUCAGGGGCAAGGGAGAUGCCGAUGGCUCCAUUCUGGACGAGCGGGUCGAGUGCUCUGAGCAGUGCUGAGGUGGAGCUGUAUGGGCGGCAGCUGAUCUUGCCGCAGCUGGGCGUGGCCGGCCAGGUGAGGCUCAAGGAGAGCUCGGUGCUGGUGGUGGGGGCCGGCGGCCUGGGGUCACCUGUCUGCCUCUAUCUCGCUGCCGCUGGCAUCGGUGAGGGCCUGAGGGAGAGGGGGGCGCACUGGAUGGAUGGAUGGAUGGAUGGAUGGAUGGUGUGUGCAGGUCGGUUGGGUAUCAUGGAUGGCGACGCAGUGGCGAUGACUAAUCUGCAUCGGCAGGUCAUCCACAAUGCCGCCCGCUGCGGCACCAACAAGGCCAUAUCGGCCAAGCAAACGUGCCAGCACCUCAACAAACAGGUCAGUCAGUCAGUCACAUGGGCAGAAAGAAACCCUUCAUGAGAAGUGAAUCCCUGUAGAUCUGUUAUUGCCAUGGCCAUGCUGGGUCAGAUUCGCAUCGAUGCCCACGACACGCCCCUCACUCCGUCCGUCGCCGAGCGUGUGGUGCCGCAAUACGACGUCCUGGUCGACUGCACUGACAACCCCGCUGCACGGUGCACACAUGCACACACACACACACGCGCGCGAACCAAAGCAACCCUGUUUUCUUCGUCUGGUGUGUGGUCAGGUACCUUCUGAAUGACGCUGCCGUGCUGUUCAACAAGCCGGUUGUGUGCGGCAGCGCGUUACGUUGGGAGGGCCAGCUGUGGGUCUACAACUACCGCAGCGGCCCAUGCUACCGGUGCCUGCACCCGCAGCCCCCUCACCGGCUGGACCAGAGCGGCCCAGAGGGGCUGUUCAACGCCCUCUCGCCUGGCGGGGGGGCCUGCGACAUGGAGGGCGUCAUUGGCACUGCUCCGGGGACCAUCGGUGUCAUGCAGGUGCGUAGGUCAGACGCGGGAUGGAUGGAUGGAUGGCAUGUGGUGUGUCUGGCGAUUGAGUGCUUCCUUGGUGCAGGCGAUGGAGGUGCUGAAGGUGUGUGGCGGUCUGGGCGACCACAGCAUAGGUGCCAGCAACAGGAUGGUCAUGUAUGACGGGCUCGACGCCGAGGGUCCAUUUCGGUCCAUCAGGCUGCGCACCAAACGACCCACGUGUGCAGGUACGUUACCUUGCACAGCUGGCAGCUGUGUCGCGAUUGGGUACAUGGCAUAUAGCGCAUUCAUUCGUUUAUCGCGUGUAAAUGGUGUUGUCUUUGUGGCAGUGUGUGGCGACCACCCAUCAAUAUCCUCUCUCCAGGUAAGGUACCUGCAAGCCCACACACACAAUAUGCUGGCACCACACACACACACACACACACAACAUGUUAUCCUCCUUGUGUCAAUCAGGAUUCUCCUGACGACUACAUCGACAUGUGCCCCGCCGACCUGCUGCCCCCCCUCCCCCCCUCUGCCCACGUCAAGCCCUCACAGCUGGCGUCGCAUCUUCACCGGCACCCGCCCAGUGAGGCCAACCUGUCGGCGCCCCCACGGGUGCCUCCCAUUCUGCAAGACGACAACACCUACCAGCAGCAAGUGGGUGGUGGUGAUGGUGGUCUGGGUGCCGUGUCUGUAGUGGAUGUGCGGCCGAGCGCCCACUACGCCGUGUCGCACGUCAGGCACUCCCUCAACCUUCCCAUUGACCAGAUACUCAGCCAAUCCAAAGAGGUGCCGACACACAAAGCACGCAGCUCAUGACUGCCCACCCCUGUGUGUUUCAGGAGCUGCUGGCGAGGUUGCGAGGGCCGCGGGGAAACAACAGGGGGGCCCCUCCAUCGCCGGUGUCGUAUGUGGUGGUGUGUCGGCGUGGCAACGACUCGAGAUUGGCCGUGUCAAAGCUGAGAGACCUCUUCCAGGAAGAGGCUGAUGACGAUCAGGGCGGCGGAGGAGAGGGAGGAGAGGGGAGGGAGGAGAAAGGCUGUACUUUCCUGAACCUGCAAGGCGGGUUGGAGGCGGUGCGGCGCAACGUGGAGCCGACGGAGGCGAUGCCACUCGUGUGACUGACAGACAGGAGAUAGAUGAGGUGGGUGGCUCAUUUAUGUCGUUCGUCUCUCUGCACUGCAUGUGUGAUGAGACAGACGGAUGUAUGGUGCCAUGGAGGCGAGGCGAUUAACAAGGGAGCAGAGAGCUGUGAUUUUUCUCUCGUGCUGUAUGCUGAAAGGUCGCUGUGUGCAUCUCAAAUACUAUGUAUGACGACGCGACGCGACGCUUGUGACGAUGAUGAUGUAUGUCAAUCAAUCAAUC